AUGGGACACGAACUCGAAUAUCCUUGGUCACUUUAUGUGACAAGAAGCAAGAAAAAAACCAGCCAACAAAUAACUCUUCAAGCAUGGGAAGAGCGUUUAAAGAAAAUAGGGACAUUUAAAGAAGCUGAAGAGUUUUGGCAAGUUUACAAUAACAUCAAAGUCCCUACAGACAUUUAUGGGAGAGGAGACUAUUACCUGUUUAAAGGUGACGUUUUACCUGAAUGGGAGCAUCCAGCAAACGCCAAUGGAGGAGCAUGAAUUCUGAGAACAGAAUACAUGGAAAAAAUCAAUGAGCAAUGGCUGAAUACACAACUUGGAUUAAUUGGAUGCUUUUUUCUUGAGCUGAUGCCACAUAUUUGUGGAACCGAAAUGUGCGUUCGCAUGAAACGGUUCAGAAUUUGUCUAUGGAUAGACACAAUUGAAGAGAAUAUUGCAAUGGAGAUUGGCAGGAAGUUUAAAGAGCUAAUCGGACAAGAAACAGGGCUAGAGUUCAAAAAACAUUUUGAUGAGAAAAUUCUUUACACGCUAUAG